AUGGGUUGUGGAUCAUCGUAACCAGCUGCUGAACCUGAUCAAAUUUCAAAAUCUUUGAAAAGUGCUAACACAUCAGAAAUAGAAGACUUGAUUGGCAAAAAAAUACCUAAAGUACUAUGUAGAUAAUAUUGGUAAGUUACUAAUUUAAGCUGAAAUGAAACAUCGAUUUACUGCUGAUGAAGAAGCUAUUAAAAAGUAUUAAUUUAAAACUAAAAUUUUAGCGACUUAAUUUAAAUGUAAUCUCCAUAAGAAAAUGAGAAUGUAGUGGCAAGAGCUUAAAAAAAAAUAUAAAAAAAAUAUCGAGGAGGAGAGGAUGUUGAAGGCUAAAUAAUUGAAAAUGUGAAAAGAGUUGAAAGAGAGAUGCAAGGUAUAGUAUUAAUAAUUUUUAUUUCUCAGAAAGUGAUGUUGAUUUAAUCAUUAAAAGCUUCAAAAAUCAUUUUGUAUUUUUUAGUCUUCCUCAAGAUUCUCUAUAAAAAUUAAUAGAAAAUAUGUUCUAUUGUACAAUAAAGGCAGGAGAGUUUGUUUUCAAAUAAGGAAAUUAGGUUAAUGAACUUAGUUGAUAUAGUAGGCUAGUGCAUAUUUCGUAAUUGAAAGAGGAGAAGUCUAAAUAAUUAUAAAUGAAAAUCCCAUAAGAGUGCUUUAAUAAGGAGAUUAAUUUGGUGAAAUUGCUUUAUUAUAUAAUGCUACUAGAUCUGCUUCUACGAAAGCACUUACUAAUUGUGGAUUUUGGUCUUUAGAAAGAGCUACUUUUAAGAAAACUAUUGAAGAGAUAACUUUAAAGGAAUAUGAUGAAAACAGAAAGUUUAUAGAUUAAGUAUUUAUUGACAAUUUAAUAGGUUAAUUUCUUUUCUUUUAUGACAUCUGAAUAAAGAGAUAUGAUAGGACAUGCUUUAAUCACAACCAAGUUCAAUCCUGGAUAGAAUAUAGUAAAUGAAGGAGAUUAAGCAGAUUCAUUUUAUGUUAUAAAAAGUGGUUAAGUGUAAAUAUUGAAAGGAGACAAAUUAAUAAGAAAAAUGGGUGCAAAAGAUAGUUUUGGGUAAAAAUAUAGAUUUAAUAAAUUUUUAGAGAAUAAGCUUUAUAUGAGAAAUCAGUAAGAGGGGCAACAGUUAAAGCAGAAACAGAGGUUAAAUGUGUGGCAUUGGGAAGAGAGAAUUUGACUAAGAUAUUGGGAGAUAAAAUAUAACUUAUUAUUUUCAAUAAUAUAAUGAGAUGGAGUUUUGAAAAAAGCGAGAUUUUAAAAUAAUUAACAAAAAUUUAAUUGGAAAAAAUAUCAUAAAAAGCAAAGAUUGAAAAUUUUAAAAAAGGUUAAAUUAUAUUUGAAGCUAAUAAACCAUGUGAUAAAUUAGUUGUUGUUUUAGAGGGUGUAUUAAUAAAUUCAAAAUAAGAAUCAAUCAGUAAAGGUUCUUGUUUUGGAGAUUAAUUUUUAUAAAAAGAAUUAUAUGGAUCACUACUUGAAUGUGCUUUUUCUAUGGUAGGAGAUGGUGUAUUAGCAACAAUUACUUAUUAAGCUUUAUUUAAGAUAUUUGGAGGGGAUUUAGAAACUGCAUUAAAGAAAAAUGAAAAUUCUCAUGAAAAGAAAAUAUAAUAAAUUGGUUAAAGGGAGGAUGCUUCUCAUAUUUUUGUAGAAGAUUUAGUUUAUAUAAAGAAAUUAGGUGAAGGACAAUUUGGAAGUGUAUAUUUGGUUAAACACAAAGAAAUUAAUAAGGUAUUUGCUUUGAAAAGUGUAAGCAAAGCAUCUAUUAUUGAAUAAAAUUUAGAGAAACAUAUUACAUAAGAGAAAAAAGUAUUAGAAUAGAUAAACUUUCCAUUUAUAAUGGGAUUUGUAAGAACAUUUAAAGAUGAUAUGUCCAUUUAUUUUUUAGUUGAUUUUAUAAGAGGAAUGGAGUUAUUUGAUGUAAUAAGAGAUAUAGGAUUGUUAUCUAAACCAGAGACAUAAUUUUACAUUGGUACAAUGAUUCUUUGCAUAGAAUACUUACAUUCUAAGAGUAUUGUAUACAGAGAUUUAAAACCAGAGAAUAUAAUGGUGAAUUCUCAAGGUUUUAUGUAUUUAAUUGAUUUGGGUACUGCUAAACCACUUCUAAAAGCAAAAGCAUGUAGAACAUAUACAAUUAUUGGAACUCCUCAUUAUAUGGCACCUGAAAUAAUGGCAGGAAAAGGUUAUACAUUUACAGUAGAUUUGUGGAGUAUUGGAAUAUGUAUGUAUGAAUUCAUGUGUGGAGGAGUGCCAUUUGGUGAAGAAUUAGAAGAUCCAUAUCAAAUAUAUGAAGAGAUUAUGAAUACUUAAAUUAAAUAUCCUACAUUCUUAAAAGAUAGAUAUGCUAAAAAAUUGAUGGAACAGUUAAUGAAUAGAUAACCUGAAACUAGAUUAGGUGCAUCUUAUUCAGCAUUAAAGGCUCAUCCAUGGUUUGAUGAUUUUGACUUUGAUAAACUUUUUAGUAGGGAACUCAAACCUCCUGUAUUAUUAUUUAAUAACAUUUUUAGUAUAUGCCUAAAUCAGAAAAUAUGGUCUCUGAAAAUGAUAUUUAAAAGAGAUUUAAUCAGAAUAAAUUAGUUGUUUAAGAAAUCAAACAUGAACAAGAUAAUCACAAAAUCAAAUAUAAUAAGCAUCUUGCUAAAGAUCCUAAUUGGGAUAAAGACUUUUGA